GUUCCAACACAGUCCACUUGGCUAGACGCUGUGCUCGGAAGCUAAAUAACCCUCGUUGGCGGAUUUCUUUAUAAUCAAAGCGGAACUAUCGCAUUUGUUUUGGCAGCGUAUCGUUUUAUGUAGGAGUAAAAAGACGCGUGUUGAGUUUGUUUCAUCUGUUUGUGCCAGAAUGCGCUAUUAUCGUUGGUGUUAGCUGGCUAGCUAACAAGCUAGCUAACAGCUAGUUAAGGUUGUUUUGGUUAUUAAUGUGAACAUUAACAUCACAUCGGCGGUGUCUGCACUCAGCUUCCACUGCGAAUAACCUGCAUUGAACGAUUUAUUUGAUAUAGUCCAGACGAAUCAGGAAAUAUUGUAUCUGUUUGAAUUUAUAAAGUGUUGAGUUAACGGUUAAUGUAAUUCGUGGGUAGUUAGCCAGCUAGCUGGUUAGCUAACGUUAACGUCAAACGGCGCUCGCGCAGCCCUACCUGCCAUUGUUGGGGACCGUCUGGGUUGCCCCUUGCCCCGAAAAGUGGACGUCUGGCGAGCUUAAAAAGCUCUCUGUGAACCGGAUCCAAUGCGUGGGAUGAUGGGGACCCAGAGUAGCCCCGUCAAGAGUUACGAUUAUCUCCUGAAAUUUCUUUUGGUGGGAGACAGCGAUGUUGGAAAGGGGGAGAUCUUGGAGAGUUUACAAGACGGAUCAGUAGAGGCUCCAUAUGCCUACAGUAGUGGGAUUGAUUACAAGACCACCACAAUCCUGCUGGAUGGGAGAAGAGUGAAGUUAGAGUUAUGGGACACAUCAGGGCAGGGAAGAUUCUGCACCAUCUUCAGGUCUUACUCCCGUGGAGCACAGGGCAUCCUGCUUGUGUAUGACAUCACUAACGGCUGGUCGUUUGAUGGCAUUGACCGCUGGAUACGGGAAAUUGACGAGCAUGCCCCGGGUGUACCCAGGAUCCUUGUGGGGAAUCGGCUUCACCUGGCUUUUAAGCGGCAGGUGCCGACAGAGCAGGCGAGGGCUUAUGCAGAAAAGAACAGCAUGACUUUCUUUGAGGUCAGUCCGCUGUGCAACUUCAACGUCAUCGAGUCCUUCACAGAACUUUCACGCAUUGUGCUAAUGAGGCACGGGAUGGAGAAAUUCUGGAGGCCAAACAGAGUCUUCAGCCUCCAAGAUCUGUGCUGCCGUUCCAUCGUCUCCUGCACACCGGUGCACCUUAUCGACAAACUGCCCCUCCCUGUGGCCAUCAAGUCCCACCUCAAGUCGUUCUCCAUGGCCAACGGCAUGAACGCAGUCAUGAUGCACGGACGCUCCUACUCAGUGGCCAACAGUGCGGCCUCGGGCGGUAGCGGCGGCGGAAGCAAAGCCAACAGCUUGAAACGCUCAAAGUCCUUCAGGCCUCCACAGAGUCCCCCAAAGAGCUCGUCGUCAUCCUCUAAGGGGAACUGUAAGAUUUCAUAGUGACGGAGUGGACCAGUGGUUGCCCCCAUGGGCUAGUGUUAAAUGUGUUGUUGCUCCAAAAGGUCAUGAGGCCAUGGAAGAGCACGGAGAGAGCCACCAGCAUUCUUCACCAGAAACGGAUAUAGCUGUGAACUUACAGUGACCUUUGGGAACUAGCUUGGAUGGUUGGAUUGGUUUCUGUACUCUUUGCGCUUGCUGGUGCCAUCUUGUGGAUGUCCGUUUACCUGUACCCUUGACUACGGAGGCUCACAGUGAUCAAGUAGAACAAGAUUUCCCUGAGACCAACAGAUGUGAAUGGAUUAUCACUCAACCUGUUAACACUACAAAUGAGUGGAGGGACAUUAGCUAGCUUUUUAAUUUGGAAAAAGGAUGGUUUAUUGUAUUUAAAGUUGUAAAUAUGCUGUAUGUGCUUGUUCCUUUGGUCUGUGUUUGGUGAUUGGUCUCGGAGGGGAGCUUCUUAUGCUUGUUUUGAAUGUUUUGGGAGACCUGUUUUGGUGUACAACUUGUUUGUGUGUCUUAUGCCCUUUUGUCUACCAUGGAAAGCUCCCUUUGCAACGUCUAGGGUGCGCUCCUUAUUUAAAACCCACAUUAGUUAUAUUUUAAACAAGACUUGCUUAUAUUGAAUGUCAUGAGAAGAGCAUGGCAAGUUUCCCAGACAGACUUGUGCUGGAUUUAAGAAAAAUAACAAGACCAUUAUCCAUCAGAAAACAUUCUUAGUCUAGAUCUACUCAAGCUGAGAAACUUGUCUAGCUAAGUUGUUUUGAAGACUUCCAGUGGUGCCCCUUUAAUUUCUGCCCAAAUGAAUUCACCCUCUAUCCUCCAUCAGUCAUCGGUUUGAACAUCUGUUGACUUUCUCAGGCCAUUUUUGCCCCAAAUCUAAUAUUCUGAGUUGCAUCAUCGCUCUAACUGGUUUAAACCGACCGCAUGAUCAAUUUAAAUCCAUCAACAUGACUUGGUGCUGAUGGGGAAACCUUGUACAAACUCAGAUUGUUUGCUCAGUUGUGGCGUUUUGCCUUUAGAAAGCGCUGCAACGGUGUCUCGGUUCUUAACAGGAAUUUGUAAUUUGAAUUGCUUUUUGGAUAUUUUAUGUAUAUGCAAUGUAUUUAUGAAUGUAAGACAAUAUUCAUCUGCGACUUUGCUGUGGCCAUGUGGUAAUAUGUGGGACUUUAAGAAUCAGAGGUGGAAAGAUAUUGGGCACAUUUGCUGUUGUGAUAUUUUUAUUAAGCGUUGAUAUUUUGUACUUUUGCUGCCUAAGUUUAUCUUAUUUUCUGACCCUCAUAAAAUGUAUGUAUAAUAGGAGGGGUCGGUCAUUUUAUGGUGGAGAAUAGUGUAAUGUCAGAUGAACUUGAAGACUUCAUAAAGGGCACAGGAAAUCAGAAAAUCAUUUUUUAAAUCAGAGAUAACUGGUGAUUUCUUUUAAUAACUGAAAAAACUGCAGAAAUACUUUUAUUCAGAUACAAAUUCUCAGUUGUCUUUCCACCUCUGAUUACCAUGUGCUGUAUUAACACUUAAACAUUCCCAGUGUCAUGGCUACAUGUCUGUGAUACUGUCAUGGAGGGCAUAAAAAAUUGGUGCAUGUUUUCCUACCGGCGCCUGUUUUGUGUGGUGUAUUGAGACCAGUCCAAUGGGCUCACACGACAUUUAAAGCACUAUAAACGUUUGAUAAUGAUUGUUGCUAUCAGAGCUGUGUGUCUAAAGGUUUGGAUACGGGAUGAGUUAUGAUUUUGUCUCCGCUGAAAACAGACACCCAACCAAAUAAAGGGUAAAACUAUACACGGUUGUGUUUCCAUCA